ACAUUAUUUUUUUAACAUUACUCUUAUAUACGUGGAUUCAAGGUUACUUAAUCGUUUGGAAUAGAAUAGUUAUUCGCGCUGCAUUUACCUCUCCAGACAACACGCAUGUCCAAAAGUCAUCUUUGAGACUCUUAGAGACAACUUCUGUGCCAUUAGAUGCCUUAGACACGACGUUUGGACGUUACGUGUUUUCUGUGUCAUUGAUGAUUGUUUUACUGUACGUGAGUAUUCUUAUUUUCUCAAAGGUGUUUCAAUUCAUAUGAUUUCUUAAGGAUUUAUCGCUCUAAAAACAUUGAAGUAAAAAAUAAACAGAGCAACCUGUAUAAUUAAACGUCGUUGGUGUAUCUAUAGAAAUUACGUGCAUUUUUUAAAUACACUAUUACCUCAAUGUCAGUUAUUCGAUAUUGUCGAGCAUAUGCGAAAUCUUGGCACGCGGGUAACGAAUUUCUAGUUUCUUAUUAUCUACUCGGCGAGUAGCACGAGUCCCAACAAAAAUUUAUGAUCUUAAUCGCUGCUGGGUAAAAACUUGGCUUUUGUCUUUGCGCGACGUAAAUUCAAUAAUUUAUGGCGCUGCGAUGAAGUCCCACAUAAUAAGAAUAAAAUUGUGUACGAAAGACUUUAAAGCAAUUCCCCUAUUUUAUACCACGGGGGAUCAGUAAAGCAUUUUCGAGAUACAGGCUGCAUCUCUUAUUCAUAAAUUUUAGUGCGGCCAUUUAUUUCGUAAGAGCCUGUAAAAUAAUGGAAAAAUAUUUCUCUCAUUUUAUUGCCUGUCGUUUGAAAACGGUCACGAGUUUAAAUUGAGAAAUAUCAAUUAAAAAGUAUCGCAUACUUGGCUACGUACACUGGCUACCACUUGUAUCUUGUAUCUUACAACAGAGGAAAAUUUAUCGGACAAGAAAUCACGCGGUACUAAGAAUAUUUCUCUGUUUCUCUUAUAUCACAUUUUUAAAGGAGACGAUUAGCCAGCCUUGUUUGCCUCGAAUUACGAUCCUUGGAAUAUAAACUCGAGACAGAAGGAGACUGCACUCCGAGAAGAGAUGUUUACACCCUCUAUUUCUUGUUAUCCGAAGAUUGCAAAAGUUUUUGAUGGAUUCUCGUGCGAAAUUAAGAAAAGCUUUUUUAGUCGCGUCCUUGUUAAGCGUUACUCGGGACUCCCAAAAACAGUAUCACGAAACCAGUUCUGCCAACCUAUGUACUUUCGAAUGUUAUUCUUUACAAAGUUUCACGAGUGAAAAGUAUCCCUUCGGCAUAGCAAAAUUUCAGAGGUUGGUUAACGUGUUAUCUAAGAACACCUUUCUUAAUUAGCCAAGAUAACAAAGUAUCGUUCGUACUAUAUUUUAUUAUGACAACUAUAGUGCCGUUAAUCGAAUAAACUUUCAGACUGCCUUUUCUUUUCUUCGACGUACGUGGUGACUCUGAAAAAUGUAUUAAAAGAAAUGUUUUACCACCUUUAACAAGUAACUCUAUCGACUCUAAGAUACAAAGGUGUCUCGUUUUGCUCGAUAAGAUUCUACGUUUGCGAUUUCAAAUGAAUUUAAAAAUAGCUUCUCAAAGGGAUACACAUUCUUACGAGCUUGAAUGGCCUUAUCGAGACACAGCAGGCUCUGAUGCGCGAACGCUGUAAGUACUUAACCCCAACAGUUUUUCUAUGAUUUAUACAGACGGUUACAGGUUCGGUCGUCCCACGUUACUUCCGGGAGUUACUUUUUUUCUUCAGAUGACAAGUAAGCGAUCAGCAUUUUGACUGGAUAUUUCAUCGGUUUUGGGUUUUACACAAGCACUCAUAAUCUCACUACGACUUGGUCCGAUAAAAAUACAGUUUUGGCGGUCCAUGAGAAAAAGGUGGUUAUAACUAAAAGUAAGGGAUAAGGCUGACUUUUCGUGAGGUUAUAUAUUGUUAUGGAAAACCACAGAGGAAAUCAUGAGCACGAGGGUGGCAGUUAAGACGAAUAUGUCAUGGUGAUUCGCAGACGUCACGCAUUCGCGAAGCUGCGCAUGUAUUUAAACCCCCGUGCCAGCAUGGAGGGGGAUGUAUUUCAAGAGUGUGAGCGCGCUAUUUCAGCCCCAAACACAACCCUUAGCUUGGAGCGCGCGUGCUUCGAUCACGACGUCUUCCUGAGAGAGUGUUGAGAAACUUUUCUUCCCUUGACAAAUCUCCCAACUGGUUGAGAAGCUUCGACCCUUGUCCAAAAAUCCAUCAUGAAGGUUACCAGAUAUCUAUGCUGUGUCUUGGCAUUUACUUGUAUAAUUUUCUUGGCAGACUGCACGGCAGUGCAAGACAGGAUCGAUCAGCAGUUUCUGGACGCUUUGGUAGCGGAUGGAUCGAUCAAGUCAAAACGACCAUUUUGCAACGCGUUUACUGGUUGCGGCCGCAAGAGAAGCUUCACCGGAAAUCAGUUGGUACCACAGUUUGAGGAUUCCAAGAAUGUUCGGCUUCCGGCUCCGUUGUACAGAGCCCUGCUCCGCGCUGCUUCCCAAGAGAUUCAAGAAUCAAUGGAUCGAGAAACAAACUGGCCGGAAAUCUCUCAGGAUUACUCAGCAUUUCCACCACGAAAGAAUACGCUUCAUGAAUCAUACGAGAGUUAAUCAUCUUCCUCUUAGACCGGAUUAAUUGCUAUUUAUCAAAAUUCAAAAUACCAAUUAUAAAUUCUGAAAAAUGGUUUUCUCUAAUAUCAAACUAAAUGAUGCAUAAUAUUUUUAGUUUAUGAAAUUAAUUUAAAAAUUGUUUCUUUUCUACUUCACAUACACAUACUGUACCAAUGUUGCUUGGCAAUCUAGUGUAAUUCAAUUACGUAAGAAAUUUGAUUUAUGUGAAAUUUAUUAUUUUUAACUUUGUAACUUUUAUAUUUGUUCGUAACGACGUUUUUCUGUAGGCUGAUUAAGUAAUCUCGAAGUAAUUCAAUAUUUACUUCUAUCUACGACAGUAGUACUGUUAAAGCCUACGAUAAAUAUAGAUGUUUCAAUUAUAAUUUCAAUUUCGUGAUGCGUAAUAAUAAAAGUGCUAAAUAGUA